CGGCUCGCCGGAAGAAGACACGAGAGCGUGGCUUCGCCCAAGACCAGAAGAGCCCAUGGUAUCCGCGAGGUAUGGCCUUUGCGACGCGGAGUCUGCGAGUUUUAUGUAAAACAUACAAUGCGAGCGCGGGGACGACGUAUCGCAGCGUCCGGCGGCCCGUCGGUCGCGUGUCGCUCGUUCAGUCUGCGCAAAAAUACCGCUACAGUACCGAAACAACGGAUCGGCCGAAGAUUACUAGUAACCUGACCAACAUACAGUCGUCGAUAAGCGACACCGAGUCGUUGGGGCAGGAGACGGCAGCUCAGAAGAAGCAGAAUGAGCAGCAGAAGGAGGACGAGGAGAAGGCGAAAGAGCGUGAGAGGUCCAAGAGAAUGAUGAACUAUGGGUUCGUGGCGUUCGGUGUAUUCAUGGGUAUUGGCUCCACAUAUUUAGUGUACGAAUUAGGAAGACCUAACUACGACGAUCAUGGAAAUGCUAUCGAGGAUGAAUUUUCCCAUUUGCCGUUCUUCGAGCAGGUCUACAAGAGAGUCAAGAGAGAGCUCAACUAUUAUACAAGGCUAGUGCAAGAACCGAGUAGGGAAAAGUUGUUACCCGACCCAUUGAAACAUCCGUAUAUCCAGCCUCCGUAUACUCUAGUUCUGGAGAUGACAGACCUCCUUGUGCAUCCAGAUUGGACAUACCAAACUGGAUGGAGAUUUAAAAAGCGGCCUGGAGUGGACCAAUUUUUAGAAGCAGUUGCCCCACCACAAUUUGAGAUUGUGAUUUAUACAGCUGAACAAGGACUGACUGUAUUCCCCAUUUUGGACGCACUUGAUCCAAAUGGAUACAUAAUGUACAGAUUAGUCAGAGAUGCGACACGUUUUGUGGAUGGGCAUCAUGUUAAGGACCUGGGUGCUCUCAAUCGAGACCUUAGUAAAGUUAUUGUUAUCGACUGGAAUGAAGAGAGUGUAAAGUUGCAUCCUGAAAAUGCAUUCAAACUUCCUCGCUGGACCGGUAACGAUGAUGAUACUACACUGUAUGAUCUAGCGGCAUUCCUGAAAACGAUAUUAACAUCAAAUGUGCAAGAUGUGCGAGACGUGUUAAAUUAUUAUAGACAAUUUGAUAAUCCGUUGGAAAUGUUUAAAGAAAAUCGAAGAAAAUUUUUGAUGCAAAUGGAGGAGGAGCAAAAUAAGCAACAAGAUAACAGCAAAGUACUUAUCUCAACAUGGAAGCCAUCUUUCCUAAGGAACCGCUAGUCAAAAUAAAUCACGUUGAAAUUUCAAACAUUGUACAUCAUCCAAAUAUGUGACAUGUUGCAUUGUUUCGCCAGAUAUUAUGCGCAACUCUUUUAAUUUUUCUUAUAAUAAAAUAAACUAUGUUUCAAAAA